UAAAAAGUAUGCAAAUAUAAAGUUAGAGUUGAAAGAAAAACAACUUUUAAUCAGCAAAAUUUUGAAUUCGUACUUCUCGACAACGCAUUGACGAAGAAUUAUCGAAAAUGGCCAAUAACAACGUAAAUGAUAUAACUACAAUCCAUCAAACCAAACAUAUCAAUAAUGAUACGGUAUUGCAAUAUGUACAACUAGUGGAUCAGUUUGAUGGCAAGUGCGAUGUCAUUACUGCUGAAGCAUGGCUCAAAUCAGUAAACAAGCUACGAAUGUUCUCUAACCUGGACGACACCACUGUUCUAAUUACCAUGUGCAUUAAUUUCAAAGGAGAAGCUCAAAAAUGGUGGAACCAAAUAGAAGACACCACUAAAACUUGGUGUGCGUUUGAAGAAAAGUUCAAAGACAAAUAUAUACAUAAUGGCAUCAAGCGUGGACGAAAAUCAAAGAAAUAAAUCAACAGCCGACAGAAGACGUAGCAAGCUUCAUACAAAAAUUGAAUCAACUAUUUACAGCAGUCGAAUAAGUAUCGAUGAAUCUAAACGAUGCUUUUCAUAUCAUCUAUUACCCUACUAUCGCCUACGAUCUAGAAAAAGAAAUUAAGAAAGGACAAAU